AUGAGUUUGGAUCGUGUCAUCCAGGAUUCUGAUGAGGAUGAGCCCUUCGAGGGGGGUGGCCUCCCCACCUCUGUCAACACUGUCCCCUCCGAGCCCGUAUUGCAGCAGGAACAUCACGCCCCCGCCAAACAGGCGAUCCACAAUGCAGUGUAUGAAUACGUCCCUGCUCCCGACGAAAGUACCUGCUCACAGCUGAACGUCAACUUCGAUGAAUUUCUCCAAUCGCCAGAAAGGGGCCAUUCAAUGCUAUCGUCAUCGCAGCAGCGGCGCGAGGACAAAUGGAUCCCCUCAACCAGCGAGGGUGGAAGUGGGUCGGUCGGCGCCAUGAUGACGGAGAUUGGAAUCGCGCAGAGAAAACUACUGGACGACGACCCAUCAAGUGCAAGCCUACUGCUCCCUUCCACAGCUGCGCUGUACUCGACAGAGUCAUUCCAAUCUACGCCAUUUCCCACCAUACCAAGUUCCCACCCAUAUCAUAUGGAUCAACUAGAAAGUCGCAGCUUCACAUAUAAUCCAGCACCCAUUGACGCCUACGUUGAUGCACAUCAGACUUUUUUGCCCACCAGACAGGAUGCCUAUGACUUGAAUCCACCUGAGAUCACUCACUCAAUGACCUCGCCCCCGAAAAUUUUACCUCUCCAAGCUAUCGAACCCUGUAUGGGACGGGAUAAUCCACCACCAGACCCACCCCAGGAAGUUUCACAGUCGAAAUCUCAACAGACAGGUCCCUCUUCCCCCCAUGACACCGAGCCUCUUUCCUCCGUUACAUCUAUGCGAUUCAGCGAAGCAAAAACAACCACCGCCAGAACUAGUCUCAUUUCCCCGCAGCAAUCCCAGUCAAGCACGCAUGACGAGCUCGCUCUGCCAGUUGUCCCACCAACUGCGUCAGGUGCCGAGACGCUCAGUGCAACAAAGAAGCGAGGACGGCCCAAGAAGCACCUCGUGCCAGAUAGCGACGAAGACGAUGAGCUAGCCAACUCUCGGGACCACGAGUUCAAACACCCCGGCACAAAUGGUGCGAUUGACCCCGCUGACAGCGAAGAGACUACGGAAGAUAACACCCCGGGCUCGAGUGGAGUCCCCGUUGAGACUGACGAAGAACAUCUAGAUACAGUCUCCAAGCCGGCAAAAUCAGGACCCAAGGAGCCGAAAAAGAAGAAAGCCAAAAAGACCAAGACGACACCAACCCCGGUGCCUGACGCCGAUGACGACGUGAUAUGGGUAGAUACGAAGCCUCUCAGCUCGGAACCUUCAACCGAGAAAGCCACUCUGCUGCCGGAAGCAUCAAAAGCUCCAGGCCAGGAUUUGAACUCCAAUUUCGUGGACCCAACCUCUCCCAUUGAACCCCAGGCACCGAUUCCUGCAGUCGAAGAAAAGAUGCAACACAUCGAAAAAACAGCACCCAAGAAACGCGGCCGCAAGCGAAAGCAGACUGCAGACCAAGUGGAAACACCAUUAGAGUCCGCAAAUACACCUGAACCAACCAAGUCGCCCUCUGGAGCCCAGACUCCAGCAUCGAAGUUGGCUGUCGUUGUCGACAAUAGUCCUAGAUCCAUGCUGGAAGCUCAAAACGGUGACAAAGAUACAUCUGCCAUUCAAAGCGAGAACCAGAACCCCCAUCCACUCCCUGGUUUGGUGCCGCCUCCUGAAACUACAAUUGAUAUCCCUCAGCCUCAGCCUCAGACUCCUUCGAAACCCGAUGUUGCGUCUAUCAAUACACCCCAGAACACAAGCAAAGGCCCAGAUAAGCACAGCCCUAUCUUGGCGCGGAGCGGGGUGCCUUACCGCGUGGGAUUGAGUAAAAGGGCGAGGAUUGCGCCGUUGCUCAAGAUGGUACGGAAAUAG